AUUGGGCUCCAUCCAUUCAAUUGAGGCAAUAAAGCAGGAUAAAUAAAUUGUUUGCUCAGAGAAAAUAAAUUCCUGGAGCGCAAUAACUUUCCCUCUGCCGGGGGUAUUUGCAUGCAAAGAACCAAUCCUUUUGUGUUGGGAGCAGCGUGGUCACCAAGCAACGGGCAUUUGCACAAGAACUUCCCUUGCCAGGCUUAUUGAUUCAAUAUUGAACAAUGAAGUAGUUCCAUUUGCAACCUUUCCGCGACUAAGACCUUUUCAGGGAGUUUUUGGGAUUUUUUAUUCUUGCAAAGAGGAAAAAUAUGAUUUGAAGUUGUGUGAAAAGGAUGAAGGUACAUCCAUUGGUUGCUCUUUGUGUCCUAAGUGUCCUUUUUGGGCAUUUUUCCGUGGCAAAAUACGUCGAAGGGCACCUCAAAACACUCGAUGAUUGGGCAUUUGUGGCGCGAUUCUGCUUCCUGUCUGGUCGUGGUAGGUAUGAGUAUCAGAUUGAAUUUGAACGGAAGUACGGUGAACCAUCAUUGCUGCUGUACUACGAUGAGAAAACUCAAUGGCCAGCAGUGUACAAGACCGAUAAGACGUGUGAGCAGAAAUUGGGCGUCUUGAGUGCAGCAGACAACCAAAUUGUGACGCUUUCGGCUAAAACACCCUACAACUACCUCUCUGGGUGCACCCUGCGUUCCUCUCUGGAGUCUGAAGAGGAAGCAAAGCCCCCACAACGGGCUGCCCCGGAAGAUCUCACACCAAAAAUCAAUGAUCUUGAACCAGGAUAUUUUGAUCAAUUCCUCAAAACAACCUCUUCGCCAUUCUCAACAUCCUCCUCCAUGUCGACGAGUGAAACAACAUCCGAUGGUACAACAACAGAAGCAGCAUCCUUUACGGAAGUUUCCCUUGAAAAUACCUCAUCCACGGUGAUUACGUAUCUGGGAUCAGACAUAAGCCUGGGGAAUAGUUUGGAAAAUGGAACAGCCUAUCAGGUGGAUGUUGAGCAACUCUUCGAGGCGGCAACAGAGGCAUCAGCAGCACCACCUCCCGCCACGUCACGCAUCAGGCGUUCAGCAGCUUACCCCCUCUUCAAGAAGGACAAUCGUGGCAGGAUCAUCGUUUCAUGCCGCAAUGCAGGUGGCUUCACGAGUGUCCGCGAACGAUGGUGGUACAUUGCAAUCUCCAAUUGUGGCUCCAGCAAAGGAUUGGACAUCAAGUACAGGUUCAGGAUGACAAAUGGACCACCAGGAGAUUUCUGGCAUGAACAUUUCUCCGCAGAUGAGAUGUACAUUCCUCCAAUUCUUCUAACGCAAUGCCUAGCCUACACCUUCCUACUGCUGGGGAUGUUCCUGUGUGCCAUUGAACUCAAAUCACGGCAUCUCUUUCACUGCACCUACCGCCUAUUCACCUUCAGUGCAACCGUUCAAUGGGCUGGGAUCCUCGUUCAGGGCGUUGCAUGGGCGCGCUACGCCAUCUCCGGUAUGGGUCCCAAUACAACCCUCGGCGGGCUACUAAAUGGUGCCAGUGAAGUCUCCUUCCUGGCUCUGAUGCUCCUCAUGGCGAAGGGCUAUACAAUCACACGGGCACGCCUCUCAACGGCCACCACAGUUAAGCUCACUGUCUUCAUUAACAUCUACAUUGUGGCCUACAUUUCACUCUACAUCCUCCAAGCGGAGACCUUUGACCCGGGAGAAGUUCUCAACAUUUAUGAAUCUCCAGCUGGAUUUGGCCUAAUUGGGCUACGCUGUGGUGCCUGGGUGGCCUUCCUCAUUGGCCUUGCAGCUACACUGAGGAAGUAUCCGGAAAAGAGUGCCUUCUACUACCCCUUUGGAUUGCUGGGCUCUGUCUGGAUUCUAGCUGGCCCAGCUCUAACACUCGUUGGGAUUGGAGUAUUGGAUGCUUGGGUUCGUGAGAGCGUUAUGUGCGCCAUCUUGGGCACCGUUGCAUUUGGUGGUCAUGCGGCCUUUCUCUGGCUCACAUGGCCAUCACGUGCCAAUCGUAGCUUCCCCUAUCACGUACGGACGAAUCACGUUGGUGUGGCCAAUACGGACGACGGGGCUGACUACCCACGGCAUCCGUAUGAGCCCACGGGGAUGCAGCAGCACGAGCAGAACAUCAUCAUUCCGCUGUCGAGGCGUACAGAGGAGCUCAUUAAUGGCGUCUACAGUCAAUACAUCAUCGAAAGGGAACUCUAUGGCUCCAAUUCCAAUCCCAUCAGCCACAUUUCUUUCCCACAGACUGCCACAGCUCCUCCUGGGCAUCCAGAUGCAGCCGCCAUGACGGACAUCAAUAGUCCCAAUCCAGCUCAGCGGCGUCUCGCUUCAUUCAGACGUCGCGACAUCGUGAAGCAGGACUCUGAGCUGGAGGCGCAGGUUGAUUCGGGGCAUCCAAGCUUGGAGAAUACAUCAUCAUCCCCAAAUACAACGGGGCCAUCAUCCGGGCAUGACACCCCUGUGCGGGAUCGUCAAACAGGGCAGCUCAAGGGGAAUCCUUUCCUGGUCAAUGGGCAACAGAGGCAGCCCAAUAAAGUGAUUCUGGAGCCCAUUGAACAACCCCUUCGAGGGUAUAUUCAGCAGGACACAACCUAUCAGGCAACCACCACCACCACCCACGCUCUUGUCCCGCGCCAUCUCUUUGCAGCAAAAAAUAACACAAAUGAAUGAAAGAUGGAGCACAAAAAUCUUAUCCACUGAAUUUGUUAAAAUAAAAGAAAAACUGAUAAAAUUAAUUUUAAAAAUUUCUGAUUUUUGAGAGAAAUAAAGUAGAUAAAAAAGA